GGGCAGCGUAGCGCCCGUGAGGCGGCCCCGUCGGCCAGGGGUUUCCCGCGCGCGCGCAGCCUGGCAGCCCGGCGCUCUUCGCCGUUCCCGGCCCGUCGGGGAACCCCCGACUCCCCCCUGGACAAGCGUGGCCUCCGAGGGCAUGAAGUCCGGGCCCAGCGCUUUCGAUUCUCGGAGGAGCCGGGCCUGGGGGCCGAGGGGGCCGUGCUGGAGGUCAGCGUCCCGCAGGUGCUGCAUCUCGAAUAUGGAAUGUAUGUUUGGCCCUGUGCGGUGGUCUUGGCUCAGUACCUAUGGUUUCACAGAAGAUCUCUGCCAGGCAAGGCUGUCCUAGAGAUUGGAGCUGGAGUGAGCCUUCCAGGAAUUAUGGCUGCAAAAUGUGGUGCUGAAGUAAUCUUGUCGGACAGUUCAGAGCUGCCUCACUGUCUAGAAAUCUGCCAGCAAAGCUGUGAAAUGAAUGACCUGCCACAGGUACGCGUCCUAGGACUGACGUGGGGCCAUGUGUCUCAGGAUCUUCUGGCUCUACCAUCACAAGAUAUUAUACUUGCAUCUGAUGUGUUCUUUGAACCAGAAGAUUUUGAAGACAUCUUAACUACAGUCUACUUUUUGAUGCAAAAAAACCCCGAAGUCCAAUUGUGGUCCACUUACCAGGUCAGAAGUGCUGACUGGUCACUUGAAGCUUUGCUCUACAAGUGGGAUAUGAAAUGUGUCCACAUUCCUCUGGAGUCUUUUGAUGCAGACAAAGAAGAUAUAGCAGAAUCUGCCCUCCCAGGAAGACAUACUGUUGAAAUGCUGGUCAUCUCCUUAGCAAAGGACAGUCUCUGAAUUACACCUACAUAACAGGCUGUUCUCAGACAAUGUCAAUACUAAUUAGCAACCUGCCAUGCCAA